AGCCCGCCCACCCCCGUAUCUCUGUCUCCGUCCAAUCUUCCCUCUUCCUUCGAGCCCAGCGACUGAAUGGUUCGCGUGGAAACGGUAACGCUCGCGAAACGACAGAGUGGGUGUCGAUGAGAGAGAAGCUUUAGUACAACCGAAGAAAGAAAGAAAGGAAGGAUGGUAACGGGCCGGAACAGAGAGACGAAGGGGACUUUACGUUCACCACGGGGCCACGGCCGUGGGCAAGGUGGGCCACAGGGGCAGACCCGACCGAACGCGUUCAGCACGCGACGAUACGCUACCGUCACCUUCUCCCCUCUAUAAACCCUUGUUCCAUCUUCUUUCAUCGCCAUCAAAACCCUACGUUCAACUCCCUCGCGCCACAAUAUUCACCCAUACGUAGGCGUUUCUGCAUGAACAGGCACCACGACCGAAGCGUGGACCGCUCGUGGCACAGGGUACGGGGGACCAAAUCGAAAGCAAAGCCCGUAACCCCCGGUUCCCGAGCCGAGCCCACUUCAGACACGUCGUGUCCUCCGCGUGGUCCACAUCAUUUUGUCCUGGUCAUCCGCCUCUUCUUUCUCCUUUUUCGUCCUUCUUCGUCUCGCUCUUCGAACCCUUAUCCUCCUUCCCUCUUCGCUCCUAUUUCAUCUUUCCUCAUCUCUUCUCGCCAAAAAUUUCUUCUAUUCCCCUCUUCCUCCUACCACUGUCUCUCCCGUAUACACCUCCCUCCCUCUAUGCUUCCUUCUUCGUCCCGCCUUCGUUUCGCUUCUUUCCUACAGUUCAAUAGUCCCUCCUGCUCCCUCCUUCCGCCUGUCCUUUUCGCCGCACGCUCGCCGGCCAACCGCAGUCGUCCACCGCGCGUUUGCCCUCGUCGCGCGGACCUGCCACUCCGACGGCUACCAGGAGUAGCUGCACGCGCGCACGAGGUGCCCAGCGCCUGGAGGAGGUCCAGGAAGACAGAGGAGAAGCGGUACCACUGGAGCGCCGGCGACUAGCAACGUGCGAGCCGAGCUUUCACUCGUCAAACUUCGAUCGAUCGAAAGAAGUUUCUUCAUCGAUAUUUAUUAGGAAGAUAUUAUUUCGGAAUUAUUAUCAAUUCGAAAUACUGUUCGGUGGUUACUGAUCAUUGAAUGACUUUGAUAUAAUUGGCGGGAAAGUUGAAUCUGUUGAAAAAAAAAAGAAUUGAUUUAGGUCAACAGAAGAGAGGAUCGAAGAAGAAUCGAAGUGAAACGAGGUAUAGUGAGAGGUGAAUGGAAAAGGGAGAUUAAAAUCAGAAAUUGAGGAAACUUGUGAGGAAAAGUGACUCAUUGAUAUUAAAAAUCUUGUUGAUUCUUCUCAGUGAAUGAUUGAUGAAUGAAUUGUCAUCGUGUUUUCAUUCAAGUCUCACGAGAGAGAAAGAGAAAUCGAGAUUAUAUAUAAAUCUUUUAAUUCUUAUAUAUAUAUAUAUAUUGUAAAUUAAAAAAAUACAAAAAUAUAUAAACUGAAGAUUUUGAUAGACUGAAUUAAAUUUUUGAAUAUUCAGAUAUUUCGUUUGAUAGACAAAUAUAGACGUAAUGAGAAACGAUGAGUGUUAAUUGUACAAACAGAAAGGAAGCGACAUGAUGGUGCCUCGAAGCCAACUCGAGGAUGACAUUUAACAGUCCUACGAACUGAUCGGGUUAAUCGCGAGUCAUUAACGAGACAAUCGAACGUGUCGGUCUUUCUACACGGUAUUCGAUCGGAGAGAAACUCCUCGUGGCUGUCACAUAUCGUAGGUGUAUCAUUAUAAAGUCUGAUUUCUCCUAGAACACAACAUAUCCGAACACUUGUGAAAGCGGAAUUGCGCUUUCUGCGAAAAGUGUCACGGAAGAUCACGGUGUCUGAAUUAUGGCGAGAAUUAUGGUGUCUGAAAGUAUCAAAACAGUGGAAGAUUAAAAGAACUUCUGGAAAAGAUUUUAACGAAGGAAACAUCGAUCAUUUAGAGGAAAUACAUCUAUCCUUUCGGAUGAGAAGUGGAAGAGGUAAUUCUUGCUGAGCCAAAUAUCAACAGAUUAUCACUGAAAUUCUUGGAUCAAUAUGCCGCAUACAGGUCAAGCGGGAGUUAAUCAAUUGGGUGGUGUGUUUGUUAACGGGAGGCCAUUGCCCGAUUGCGUUCGACAAAGAAUCGUGCAACUCGCUUUGGUUGGUGUUAGACCUUGUGAUAUUUCUCGACAACUCUUAGUGUCUCAUGGAUGUGUCUCGAAGAUUCUUACGAGAUUUUACGAAACGGGAAGCAUUCGACCAGGAAGCAUCGGAGGAAGUAAAACGAAACAAGUGGCCACACCUACAGUUGUAAAGAAAAUUUUACGAAUGAAACAAGAACAACCGACAAUGUUCGCUUGGGAAAUUCGAGAACAACUUGCGCGACAAGGAGCUUGUGAUCCUCAAAGUUUACCUUCUGUUUCUUCGGUAAAUCGAAUUCUUCGAGGCGGUGGACUUCAUACCGAUCAUACGGGAAUUGAGGGUAGUUCUCAGAGCAACUAUACCUCGCAAAUUUCUUCAAGUGUCGCUAACAGAGACGCACUUAUGAGGACGGAUUAUCAGUUGUUUUAUCCAGGAACAUUGGGACCAUUACAUAUUUCUACGACUUCUGGUAAUACCAGCACGCCAUCUUGGAAUCCAAGCUUUUACUCAUCUCUUUAUCAAGCAACAACAUUGCAUUUGCAUCAUGGAAUGCAAUCAUUUACAUCGUUAGAUGUAGAACGUCUCUCGGAGCAAAAUGGACCAACAAAUCAAGUUGAUUUGAAAUCCAGUUCGAGUUCAAUGGCAGGCAGUGAUGAUUCCUUGGACAAAAGCGAUCUAGAAGAAAACACGGAAUCCCAGGAUCAUUACAAAUCAUUUCAAAAUUCAUCUAUUAUUCUAGAACUUGGCCAAAAAAUCGGUAGCGAUCAUAGUGCAUUCGUGAGACAUAAUACAUCCGGUUCAUCUAUAAAUCUCGAUAAUCGACAGAGCUCAUCUCCGGCGACCAGUGAUAAGCAGAAGAUAAUGUCACCGCGAAUUUUGAAAACCGGAAAUGAGCAGAACACUAUGGCCAAAGAAAUGGCGGUCGAGGAAAGACCGACGCAACCCCAGAGAAAGAGAAAUCCUUAUUCGAUAGAGGAACUUUUGAAAAAAGAUGAGGGCAAAAGCACCUCGAAGAGGCCGAAAUUAACGAAUCUCGAUGUAGUUCAACCUUGUGGAAUUAUCUUGAAUAAGGAAAUCUGAAGGAUUGUGAUUGGGAAGGGAGAAGAAAAUUUCAGGAUCUGGUGAUAGAGGCUAAAAAGAUGAUCGUCUGGAUUUGUGAGAAUUUUCGAUACAAAAAUAAAUAAGGUGGAUAUGUAUGAAUAUGUGUAAAAGAUGCUGAAAAUGAACAUGGAAUUGUUUUAAGAUAUAAAGGGAACUAGAAAAGAGAAAAUUAUAUAAUUAAAAGAAUGAUUAAUGAAUAUGAUUAACUAGGUUUAUAUUUGGUAUCAGUGGCUAUUCGUGACACUUUUAGAAUUUAAUGAUAUAAAAAAUUAAAAUAUUUAUUGAUUUAACAUAAUAAUCCUUAAUAAUUUAUUGUAAUAAUUUCUGAGUAACUUGUUAAAUAAAAUAAGAAAUGUCUUUUUUUUAACGCUAAUUUGUUUAUUAAUAUAACAAUCAUAUAUUUUAAAUGAAAAAAUCACAGUAUAUAUAAAUAUGUUUUACAAUGAGAUAAUUUUUCAAUAAUUUAAAUAAAAUUAUUACAAAAUUUUUUUUUCUGUAGCAAAAAGUUAUAAAUAAAAUUUACAAAUAUGAAAAUGAAAUUUAUAAUUUUAUUUUAAUAAAAUAUUUGAUUAUUGGAUAUAAAUAUUAAUUAAUAAUAAAUAUUAAUAAUAAAUAUUAAGGAUAAAAAUAUGAUUCUACUUAAUAUCAAAUAUAAACUCACUGAUCAAUCUAAUUUAUUCGAUGAAAGAAUCAAUGAAUGAUAUUUUUAAAUACUGAAAAAUAUUCAUACGUGUACAUUUUAAUUAUCUUUUAGAUUGCAUUAAAAAAUAUUUACAGAAUUAUGAAAAGAAUAAACAAAUAUUAUCUUUUUCCAAAAAUAUAAAUGAAAUCUUAAAUUUGAUUAAAAAAUUAAACAAAUUCAGAAUAAUAUAUUUUAUUUAAAAUACUUUUUUCAAAAUAAUUCUUUAAUCUUUUAAAAAAAACUAGUAUUUGAUUAAUUUUUACGAAAUUUAUUUAUUAAGUAAUUAAUUAACACAUUGUUUCAAAAGGAUUAAAAUGCAUUUACUAAUUAAAAAUUCAAAAUGAUCAAUGUAAAACAUAUAAGAUAAAAUGUAAUAUAAUUUAUUAAAAAGAAAAAAAUAGCAAAGUUGAAUACUAAUUUCUAAAAAAAUAAAAACAAAAAAAGAGAUUUUAUCAAUGUUCGAAAAUCUCGAAAAUUAAAACGAUCGUCAUUAUAUUAUCGACACGAAGAAAAGUAUAAAUUGUAUGUAACAUUAGCAUGAAUCGUCGAUUAUAUAUUGUUGACUGCAAUAUCGUAGAUUAAACAUAAGUCUGUUAAACUAAUUUAUAAUUAAAUUAUUUUUAUUCAUUCUUUCAUAUCUGAUAUCUCGAUGAUUUAUUUCUUUUAAAAUAAAUAAAUAUUGUCAACAUACAUAUGGAUAAUAACAUCGCGAUGAAACUUAUGAAUAUUAAAUUUUACAAUUUAUGAUUUUCAGCAAAACCAAUUUUGUGAUUUCUGAAUAUUAAAAUUUUUUUAUCGUGUAAUUUGUGUGUGGUAUAAUUUCAUUUUGUGAGCAGGACGAUGCCAUAUUAUUAUGUAUGAUAUUUAAUUUUUAUUUGAUCAAAGACACUUUGACAUAUUCCAAUAAAAUAAAAUGAUUAGUAACCUUAACAAAAA